CUAUACAUUCUUGUUUCGCAAUGCGUGGAAAAUUUUUCGGAAGGUGAUAAAGACGAAGAAGAAAAAGGGCGGGUUAGAUGGGGAUGACUGAAUAUUACAGAUAUGAUUAUGAAGAGCUCAGAGAAGCUUCUGAGAAUUUCUCCGAGUCGAGACUCAUCGGUAAAGGAAGCCAUGGAUGCGUAUACAAAGCUUUCCUCAAAAAUGGCGUCACCGUCGCGAUAAAGAAGCCGUCUUUAGCGUUCCAGAAGCUCGCUGAGAGUUCUAACCUCGAAAACGAAGCGCGUGUACUUUCGUCGCUGCCGCCAUGUCCGUACGUCGUGAAGCUUCUCGGGACGAGUCGUGACGAGUUGGGGAACCGAGUCGUGCUCGUCAUGGAACACUUGCCUAACGGCACGCUCCACGACGCGCUCCAUGCAGCGUCGGCCACGCCGCUCGCGUGGGCCCGACGCGCCAGAAUCGCGAUUCGGGUGGCGAAAGCUCUCAGGUUUCUCCACCGGCGGUCGCCGCCGGUGGUCCACCGGGACGUCAAGUCCUCCAACAUCUUGUUCGACGCGCGCUGGGACGCGAAGGUGGCCGAUUUCGGGCUGGCAAUCAACAAUAACGACUCGGUGAGUCGGCUCGGCGAGUCGCUGAGUCGACCCGCCGGCACGAUCGGGUACUUGGACCCGAGUUACACCGUUCCAUGCAAUCUGAGCACGAAAAACGACGUGUUCAGCUUCGGAGUUGUGCUGUUGGAGAUCAUUUCUUGCCGGAAAGUGAUCGACGUGGCGAGAUCGCCGGCGUCUAUCGUGGAAUGGGCGAGUCAACUCAUUCGAGUCGGCCGGCCACUCGACAUUUGCGACAAAAGGGUUCCCGUGCCGUGGUACAUGGAACACACCAUACGGCAAAUCCUCGGCGUCGCCGCGCGUUGCGUGUCGCCGGAGUUAGAAAACCGGCCGUCGAUGGAAGAAAUCAUUACCGAGUUAGAGAAUUGCAUUGUUGAACCGGCCAGGUUUCCAUUAUGGAUGAACAUUCUACGUAGAGUAACGUUAUUAACAAGACAAAGAAAGAUGAACAGUUCAACAAGAAAACGUGGAGUUCAUGACAUUUCACGGGGAGAAAAAGUGUUGGUAAGAGAAAUUUUAGCGGAUACGACGUUAGAGUAAGAUGCAAUGGAGUUGGUCCGAGUUGAGUGAGCUGAGUCAGGGUGGUCGAGUUGUAAAGCGAUUCAAAUAAAGCAGACGACAUAAGAUAUUCUAACUGAAAAGCAUGCACUCCAAACACAAGAUUCCCAAAGUUGGUGAAAGUGGGAAUAUAUUUCAGAGCUUUGAAUUUUGUGAAGUGUCAUUCCACUGUUGAUGUUACACUUGUUUCCAUGUUUUUUUAAUUGAUAUUCAGUGAUGAUUGAUGAUUUUUGUGACAAAUGUAUAUUAAGAAAUAAAUUUUUUUUUGUCCCGAUA